CGAUGAUUGGCGGCUUCAUCGCCAGCAUCAUAUUCAAUUCGUUAUUACUUUGCUUCACAACCACAGCUACCCGCGCCGAGGGACUUGCAGGCAUCGCUUCGGGCUCGAAGCGACCUUUAAGUGCAGUCGGCGCUCCUUCGAAAGGCGGAGUUAGACCUCAGAAGACCAACAUUCCAAAGACUGCCAUAGAUCCCGAGUGUAGGACGGUAUCAAUCGGCUAUCAGCAUCUAUAUCGAAAGCCGAUCGAAAAGCCUUCCACAGCUCAGCAGUCUCAAUCAAUUGCCGCCGUCGAGACUUCAGUGACGAGCAACUUAUCACCACAAUCAAAGCCCACACCGACACUGAUGCUCCCAAAGAAGUGUCAAGACGCUUGUAAAAUCGAAAUAAACGCUUUCAAAGACCAACUUUUGGGGGUUUUCCGAAAGUACAGGCAUCCUGCCAACUGUUGGGAUACUACAGAUUUGACCAUCAUUGACCGGAAUGGAACAGCAAUGGAACAGUUUUGUCCCGGUAAAUGCGCUUUGCCUGUCUUCUGCAUGUGUCAGCUCAGCCUGAUCGUCCACCAUCAACACAAUGCAACAAAAGCUGAAUUGAAAGAAGCACAGCGAAACCCCAAUCCAAAUCGCGCAUCCAUAUGCGAUAUGAAGACAUUUCCGAAAGGUUUGGGUGGAGCAAUGAAGCAUUCACUAUUUCAGACUUGGGAAGUGAUAUUUUACCUCAAUCGGCAAAAAUAUUGAAUCCUAUUGUAUGCCCGACCUCUCAAAAAGAAACAGUUGCGAAGAGUUCGGCAGACCGAAAAAGAGCGAAGAAAAUGAUGAUCAUAGAAGUGUGCUAUUGCCACGGAGUCCAUGGCAAGAGGAGAAAAAUCAC